GCUGCACUUCUUUGUCACAUAUAAGAGCAUCACCAGGAAGCAUCACUACCUCACCAUCGACAGCUCCAGCUUUCACACAUCGGUAGCUUCCACCGAUUAUUCGGUCUCCGCAACAUCAAAAUGCACAUUUCCGCUCUUCUCCUCGUUGUCUUCGGCCUUCCGGCCUUUGCGGACCUGAUCAAUACACAGUUCCCGAAGUUGCUCCUGCCCUUGAAGGAGUCUCAACCAGACAUUGCUUUCAUCACCCAGAAUGAUGCGACCGCCAGCUACAACAGCAAGACAGGCGACGAACAGUGGACAGCAGUCAACUUCGACGUACCCGUAAACAAUGCCAAAACCUGCCGCCUGCGAUUCCUCAUAAAUGUCGACCCCUUCAAAAACGCCCCCCUUACCCUCAAGGGCGAAGCCCCUUUUGCUAUCAGCAUCUCUCGUAUCCAGCCCACGCUCGUCAAUGGCCGCACCAACUGGAACAACAAACCCGCCAUCAUUGAACACUACGAUUCCUACGUCCUGACGGCAAACGGCGCAUCCGAGGUAGUCAGCAAAUGGUUUGAAUGUCCCAUGAACAAAGUGGCGCAAUUCGUCAUUCAUCCGGCUAGUAAGAGAGACCUGGAGCUCUACUGGUUUGAGCUAAACUACGGUGCUACCGACGGAGGUCCACACGGAGUUGUGCUGGAGAUGCACACCUAAGUGCACAGAGUUGGAAUCACAUCAGGUUGAGUGGACACAGACGUUGGGUAGGGAGAUGUUAGGAUGAGUGGAUGGGGAGUCAUCAAUCGUGAAAUUCUCUCUAGUGACCCUACUACUAGCCUAAAAGCAACACAAUAAACGC